AUGGUAAAACGUUUGGAGGAUCAGAUAGAUAAUGUUAUUCGUAGGCAUGCUAGAGAACGUAGCAGUCUUAAACUCGAUGUGAGUGCACGUCAGUGCAAGAUUGACUCAUUGGAGAAAGAUAAUGCCAAACUUCAGGAGGAUGUAAAUGUACAUCGGGACCGCAUUGUGGAGCUUCGUGGGCUGUUAGAUAAGGCUAAUAAGGCCGAGGAUGAUAGGGAAGAAUUUAGGCAACUCAAGCAGAAGUUUGUCGCACUUGACAAGGAGCGUGAUAAUCAUAUGUUAUCAUACCCUUCUGGUGACGUGGCCAUAACUCCUGCUGAAGAAAGGAUUAGUGCUCUAGACACCGAAAAAAUUCAAUUAGAACAGAAUUUAGCCGCCGUUUUAUUUGAGAUUGAAGCGGCUCGUAAGCUUGGUGGAGAAUUGGAGAAGCAAUUGGAGGCAGAGAGAGUUGCGAGGCGCAGUCUUGAUGAGGAACUGAAUGAGUUGGUGAAUCAACAUGAAGAUGAGCUAGAAGAUGAGCGUGCUGAUAAGAAUGAGAAGUUGCUUCGGGUGCUGGCCAAUAUCACGAUCCCUCCCCCGGUCGUCGAGCCCGAGAUUGAGCAAGAGCGAGAAGCUCCAGAUAUCGAGGAACAGAUGGACACUGAUCAAGGCGCUCCUGGUGAUGGACAGGCUUGA